AGUUAUUAUGUGAACGCAGAGUGCGUAAAACUUGCCUUCUUCUUGAGUUUAGCAUAUUUCUUCUGCAGGGACUCCUCUUCCUCCGUCAGUGAACUUGGAAACACCACCAUGAUGGCAAACCCUACUCAAAUGAAUAACAGCGAGCAGACUACCCACUUCCGCUUGUGAAAGUUGGCAACUUCCGGGGCGACGCUCGUUAGCAACUUUGCUUUCAUUUGCGAGUGGGUAACAUGGAAAGAAUAGAUCUGCCCCCCGUGGGCCCCACAGACCUGCCUCUGUCCCUGCUGGAGAUGGGCUGCUCUGGCAGGUUUGAGUUGAUCACACACCCCCUGCCCCACCACCAGCCUCUACCUCCACAGAGCACGCUCCCCCAUGGACUCCCUCCCACCAGCCUGAACCUGGAGGCAGAAGUGGAGAAGCAGUUUCUGCGUGACCCUGCCUGGCUCCCCAUACACGACACAGACGCUGCCUUCCAGAAGUUUCUCAAGGUGACUAACAGGGACGUUCGCGUGGACUCCCUGCUCAACUGCACUCCGUCUUCGCUUCACUCGGGGCUGUCGGUCAUCCGAGAUCCAACCACAGGGAUGCUGCUGGACUUUACAGAGGUGUUACUGGAGGAUACAGGCCUGUCAGCAAAGAAUUCUCUGUCUUUGCAACGCCAACCUGGGCCUCCUUCAGAGAGCCUACGAGGAAGUAACACCAACUACCCCUUCCUGCCUGGAGGAAUGGAGGAACUCACUCUUGACCAAAUCAAGAAGAAAUCUGACCUGGAGGAGGACAUAGACUUUGAAAAUGAUCUGCUCCGAGUCCCCCCCGGACUUAAAGCUGGGAUGGACUUCAGUGACAAAGGUGCCAAAGCAACAAAAGCAGAGGUCAACCUCAUGUCCCUCCUGUCCACAUUCGACGACAUCAUUGACUUGCAGCUCGAGGCAGAAGAGAAAGAAAAAGGCAGUGAAAGCACAGAGGCUCCGAAAUUAGCCAGAACCAACAGUUUAGAAGACCUGGGCAUCAAGGAUGCUGUGUCAUCAUCCUCCACAUCAGAGAAGGGAAAGGAUGUGAAAUCCAAACCACAAGAAGACCCCGAGGAGAACAAGAAAUGGGCCAUCCCUGUAAACAUCACCUCGCCCUGCGAAGACUUCCAUAAACGCAUCCCCAACCCAGCUUUCAAGUGGCCGUUUGAGCUGGACGUCUUCCAGAAACAGGCUGUGCUGCGGCUGGAGGCUCACGACUCCGUGUUUGUAGCAGCACACACGUCAGCUGGCAAAACAGUGGUGGCAGAAUAUGCCAUCGCUCUGUCGCAGAAACACAUGACCAGGACCAUCUACACCUCCCCUAUCAAAGCCCUGUCCAAUCAGAAGUUCAGAGACUUCAAGAACACGUUCGGGGAUGUGGGACUCUUGACCGGCGAUGUCCAGCUCAGUCCUGAAGCUUCAUGUCUCAUCAUGACCACUGAAAUUCUCAGGUCUAUGCUUUACAAUGGCUCAGAGGUCAUCAGAGACUUGGAGUGGGUGAUCUUCGACGAGGUUCAUUACAUCAAUGACGCCGAGAGAGGAGUUGUGUGGGAGGAGGUUCUGAUUAUGCUUCCUGAACACGUCAGUAUCAUUCUGCUCAGCGCCACGGUGCCAAAUGCUCUGGAGUUCAGCGAGUGGAUCGGGCGUAUUAAGAAGAGGCAUAUUUACGUGAUCAGCACAAUGAAGAGGCCCGUGCCUCUGGAGCACUACCUGUACACCGGAAACAGCACCAAGACACAGAAAGAGAUGUUCCUGCUGCUGGACGCUACGGGCAACUUCCUCACAAAAGGGUAUUAUAAUGCUGUUGAUGCCAAGAAGGAGAGAACCAGCAAACAUGCCCAAUCAUUUGGCACCAAGAACACUUCUCAGAACACUUCAGCCAGCCAGGACCGACCGGUGUGGCUCUCCCUCCUGCACUUCCUGUCCGAGCGGCAGCAGACGCCCGUGGUGGCGUUCACCUUCUCGCGGACGCGCUGCGACGAGAACGCCCGCUCGCUGGCCUCCAUGGACCUGACCACGUCUGUGGAGAAGGCGGAGAUUCACUCGUUCUUCCAGAAGAGCCUGAGUCGCCUCAGAGGAGGGGACCGACAGCUGCCUCAGAUCCUGCUGAUGAGGGACCUGCUGAAGAGAGGCAUAGCUGUCCAUCACAGUGGGAUCCUGCCAAUACUGAAGGAGGUCAUCGAGAUGCUCUUCUCACGCGGGCUCGUAAAAGUGCUGUUUGCCACUGAAACAUUUGCAAUGGGAGUGAACAUGCCUGCUAGAACCGUGGUGUUCGACAGCAUCAGGAAACACGACGGGACAGGCUUCAGAAACCUGCUGCCUGGUGAAUACAUCCAGAUGGCAGGUAGAGCGGGCAGGAGAGGCCUGGACGCCACAGGCACAGUCAUCAUUCUCUGUAAGACUGGCGUUCACGACAUGGGAGACCUGCAUGUCAUGAUGUUGGGUAAGCCUACCGUCCUGCAGUCACAGUUCAGACUGACAUACACCAUGAUCCUCAAUCUGCUGCGGGUGGAGGCUCUCCGUGUCACCGACAUGAUGAGGAGGAGCUUCUCUGAAAGCCACAGAGACACUCAGGCCCAUGAGAAGAGGAUCAGGCAGCUGAAGGAGAAGGUGUCGUCUCUGCCUCCUCUGGACACCGAGGGCCAGCUGUCCGACCUGGUGCCUUACUACCACACUGUGACCGAGCUACGCAUCACCACUGAGGCUCUGCAGCGCGCUACUCUGGAGUCUGUCAACGGGCUGAAGGCUCUGUCUGUCGGAAGAGUCGUAGUAGUCAACAACAAACAGCACCUCAAUGCCCUGGGAGUUAUCCUGCAGGUGUCCAGUGACUCUGUGAAUCGCACGUUCACAGCUCUCAUCAUCUGUGAGAAGGGCAAUGAGGAAGGGGAAGGAAACGGCCCCAACGCUGGCGCUCUGCCUCACCUCUACAACACAGCCCUCUUCAUACCCGAAGGUCCGUGCAGCCACACAGUGCAGAAGCUGAAGUUGCAGGACAUCUCUGCCAUCACAGUGAAAACCCUCAAGGUGAUUCCUGAUAGGAUCAUCGACAACUACAACAAGAGGCAGCAGCCACGCUUCAGGCAUGACCCUCCAGGCCAAGCCAUCUCCACGGCGACCCAGGAGCUGCUGCGAUUGGCUGAGGCCAACCCAGGCGGCGUGGCGACCCUCGACCCGGUGAACGACCUCCAGCUGAAGAGCGUCGAUGUGGUCGAAGGCUCCAUGAGGCUCCGUCUGCUGCAGGACAGCCUCCGAGACUUCAACUGCAUCCACUCGCCCACUUUCUCAGAGCAGUAUGCGCGGGUUCAGGAGAGGAUGGGUGUACAGGAAGAGCUGGACAAGCUGCUGUUCCUGGUGUCUGACCAGUCUCUGACUCUUCUGCCUGAAUACCACCAGAGGAUCAAGGUCCUGCAGGCCCUCAAGUAUGUGGACAGCAGCAACGCGGUGCAGUUGAAGGGCCGCGUGGCGUGUCAGAUCAGCAGCCACGAGCUGCUGCUGACCGAGCUGCUGUUCGAGAACGCCCUGAGCCCGCUGGCGCCCGAGGAGAGCGCCGCCCUGCUGUCCUGCCUCGUCUUCACGCAGAACACCCAGGUGGAGCCGCACAUCACCAACACCCUGCAGGAGGGCAUUGAUCGGGUGCUGUCGGUGGCCCAGCGCAUCGGCGAGCUUCAGAGGGAGUGUGGGAUAGCACAGAGUGCAGAGGACUUUGUGGGCCAGUUCAAAUUUGGCCUGACAGAGGUGGUGUACUGCUGGGCCAGAGGCAUGCCAUUUGCAGAGAUCGCCCAGCUGACUGACGUCCAGGAAGGGACAGUCGUGCGCUGCAUCCAGCGUCUGGACGAGGUGCUGAAGGAGGUGCGCCAGGCCGCCCGCAUCGUCGGAGACUCCGUCCUGGGGAGCAAGAUGGAGAAGGCCUCCCUCGCCAUCCGCAGAGACAUCGUCUUCACCGCCUCGCUCUACACCCACUGAGGGACAGAGGGGGGUCGGGGUGGGGGUUGGGGGGCACGAGGAGGAUACAGAGGACGGGGAAGGCAGUGCUGGUGAAUGUGACUGAGCAUGCCAAGGUGCCUGCAGCCAAGUGUGUCUUUGUGUGAAAGGUGAGAGAGAGCGCGAGAGAGAGGGAGAGAAUGUGUGUGUCUGAGUGUGUACAGAGAGCAAGACUGAAUUACAUGCAGCAGGAGAGACAAAAUGUGUUAGCAUGUGUGUGCGAACAAGUGUGUGCCUACUAAACGUGCUGUUUACAUUAAGUGGGUCCUAUGAAAUUCCUGAAACUGAAAAGGGAAAAAAAAAAAAAAAAAAAAAAAACACAACAGACCAAAGUAGAGAC